AUGGUGGCGUGGCUCCGGUACUCUCGAUUCUCGCAUUUGCUAGGAAUCGCACAGCUCAUGUGGCUGGUGCUGCUAAUUGCUCACUACAUGGCUUGCCUUUGGCAUAUUGUGUCUGAAAGCCAUGCGUCGCAGUCAAGGCCUAUUAUUGAAAAAUACGUUGCAGAUUACUACUAUGCGGUGAGCCUCAUUCAAGGACAAGGAAAUGUCGUGGGCUCGACUGACGAGAAUCUGUUCUCCACGGUGGCGAUCCUGGUCGGAUCGGUCAUACUCGCCAUCGUGUUCGGCAACGUGGCCAUGCUUGUGUCGAAUUUCAAUGCCAGUACUACAAACUACCACCGAAAGAUGGAGGCGGUGUUCGCCACAAUGGACAAAAUGCACCUCCCGGACAAGUUGCGCGACCGAAUCCACCAGUAUUACACUCACGUGUGGACCGAGUACGAGUGUCUAGACGGCGACAUCGUCAAGUUUCAGCGGGAACUUACGCACACUCUUGGUCUGGAGGUGGGUCUCUACAAGUACAUGAACCUGGUCACGGAGAUUCCGUUCUGGAAAGACUGCUCGCCGGAUUUCGCUACGCAGAUAAUUCUGAACUUGGCUGUGCGAGUUUAUUUACCUGACGACUAUGUCGUACGCAAGGGCGAGACUUGCGACGAGAUGUUCAUGAUUAACCGUGGAAUUUGUGCGCUUUCUUCAACCGGCUCCACACGGUUCACUGGACCCGAGUCCUCUCGUUUGGCGUUCAACAACCAGGUGCGAGGAAGCGCAAAGUUCAAACUCCAAUCCGAUUCCAAGUCAACUUCUGCGGAAGAUUCGAGCUCGCAGGUUCGUCCACAGCAGUACCGACUGCCCGGAGGCGCCCUUAAGCCGUCAACAUCAAUGACGACGGACCGAUCGGUGGAAAAUGCUGAAAAUUGCGAGACUCAGCUCAUGUAUCCCGGAGAGACCACGGGAGAAAUGGGUUUGAUCAUGAACCACAUGCAGGCUGGAAGUAUUCGGGCCGUCACGUACGUGGAAAUGUGCAUUCUAGACCGAGCCACGUUCCAGCGUCUGAUUUCGCGCUACCCGAAAGACCGACGCACUGUUCUCACGCAUUUGUUUCACGACAGCAUCGAAAAGGGGCAGUUU